UAGAAGUUAAACAAACGAAAAAAGUGCCAGGCUUGGGACUGUUGCGCUCGAAAGACAUUCAUUCACUUUGCCACAUUUAGACAGUCAGCGACAGCACAGCAGGCGCAAGGCUUUAAGGCCCUGCGAGAGUUGCGAUCCCGCGGGAUCUGGGGGCCAAUCAGUUGCGCGGAUGGAGCCCGGCCUGCUGUUGCCCAGCGUGCACCGGAAGCACAUGUCUGGUUGGACCUCAGUGCCGGUGUUUGAGGCUCUGCUGCGGAAUUGCCAGCCUUGAGUUUGGGGCGCAGGCUCUGCCCGGCAGCGGCCCCGGUGACUGCCAAGGGUUACCCUGGGAGGCAGAGGGCAGAGCCGCUGGCCCAGGGAACAAAAUGGGAGAUGCUGAAGCAGGCAAGAAGAUCUUUAUUCAAAAAUGUGCUCAGUGCCACACAGUGGAAAAAGGUGGAAAACACAAGACAGGUCCAAAUCUCUGGGGCCUUUUUGGCCGAAAAACAGGACAAGCACCAGGAUUUUCUUACUCUGAUGCAAACAAAAACAAAGGUGUUAUCUGGGGAGAGGAAACUCUGUUGGAAUAUUUGGAGAACCCAAAGAAAUAUAUCCCUGGAACUAAAAUGAUCUUUGCUGGUCUUAAAAAGAAGAGUGAGAGAGAAGAUCUUAUUCAGUAUUUGAAACGGGCAACAUCUUCAUAAAAUGCUCUUGCUACUUAAAAAAUAUUAGUUAUAAGCCAAAUUUUCCAAUUUCAAAUAUUGCAUGUUCAAAGAAGUCAUUUGAUCUUUCUUAUCAGCCUGUAGUAAGUUUAACAUUUUAAAAUAAAACUUGACAUUUUUGAUUAUGUGCGAUCUACUGAUCAAAUGCCUUCAGAGUCUGAACUUACUUUUGUCUGCUCGCUAAGGAUGUGCAUAAGGUCAGAAUGGAAGAGGAGAGGAAAGGAAACUGAAGUCUAUUGUGCUUUAGUUGUCUCUAUAUGCUUAAAAUAUUUUAUAAGCCUAACAACUGCUAUUGAUGAUAGAGAUAGCUUCCUCACAUUUCUCUGAAAUUUAAAUGUAAAUAUAGCAGGUGUUAGCUUUAGUUUUUACUAAGCUGUGUUUGGUUAGGUGUUUGUCUUUUAUUCUAAACAGUACUUAUAGUAACUUUAAGAAAAAAAUGUAGGGAAAAUUAAGUCAAAGAUUUGAUCUUAUUUUAGGAAUAUUAUUGGGGAAAAAAGUGCAAAUU